AUAUACAUAUCGCAAUAAGAUGUAGCUCAAUAUUUCCACAAUGAGUAAAACAAUAAAUUUAGUCAUAUCCACCAAAACACUGUCUCCGGCAAAAGUGUACUGGAAUUUCCUUCAAUAUAAUAAGCUAAAUACAAAAGUUUUUGAAAAGAAAAUCGAGGAAUCGUACAAAGUACUAAAUAUUCCAGUUAAUUCAAAUCAAGAAACAGUCCACAAUGCCUUCAUAAAACUUGCCAAGAAGUAUCAUCCAGAUUCUGGUUCCCCGGAUGCCAAUAUAGACAAGUUUAUGGACGUUGAAAACGCAUUUAGAAUCUUGUCGAAGUAUAACAAUGGGUCUAAUUUAAGUAAUGAAGAGGUGGAGAGAAUUGUUUAUGAUAUUAGACACACAGCGCCACAACACCGUCAAUACCUCAGCUUUGAAGGCAUAGGUCAUGGUACACCAUUUCAACGUGAAAAGCAAUGGAUACAACACCGUGCUCAGAAAGCAGUUAACAACAUCAUGGAGUAUCGUGUUUCCAAAACUGUUACUGAUGAUAAAACCGUAAUGGUUAAAGGACAACAAUAUGGCAAAAAACAUGAUAUCAAAACUAAAUACGGUUUUGAUAGAUUGGUUGAAGAUUUAAUACAAGAGUCCAUGUCAAAAGGGGAAUUCGACAAUCUGAGCGGCAAAGGAAAGCCAUUGAAGGAGCAAAAUACAAAUCCUUAUGUGGAUUUUACAACGCACAAAUUGAAUGAGGUUCUAAUAAACAAUGGCUUUACUCCGGAAUGGAUCAUGAUGAGCAAAGAGAUAGAUCACGAUAUAAAACUGUUAAAGCAAGACAUUGCAAUCCAUCGCAUGUACUUAGGUCCUUAUCCUCUCAGCGCAUCGGACAAAGAUAAAUGGGAUAAAAUAUGUCACGAAAAUCGACAUAUAGCUAAAUCAAUAAACACCAAAAUUAACAAAUAUAAUUUAAUAGUUCCUUUAAUAGAUAGACAGAAGUUCCUUGUAGAAUUUGACAAGUUAUGCGAAGAAAUAUUAAAAAAUUGUGAACAUUCAAAAGAAAAGAUAGUUAAAAUCGAGGAAGUGAAACGAGAAAUUCCAACAGCUAUUGAUCAUAAAGACGAUUUGUUUGGAAUAAUGUUUAGAGCUGUAUGUGAUUUAUUUACUUCCAAAGAAAAGAAAAAAGAAGUCGAUAGUUAACAACAUAGUUGUUUC